AUGGCUGCCGCCGCCACAGCCCUUGCGCCGAACGCGACCAACGGCGAAUCUCCGAAACUCGUCAAGAAGAUCGGCGCGAAUUCCACCGCGACCACGCAGACCGUGUUUGGCUGUCCUCAUAUUAAGAAUCUGCUCCAACAAGCCCGGACGCAAGCGGUUGAUGGCUACACCAAGGUGAUAACUUCGCUUCAAAAGGAGGGAAACCUGAGUGAUCGAAUACACAAAAGCGGCGCUGCUCCAACAACUAGUGCUCGGGGCACUUUCUUGUGUUUGCAGUGUCCUUAUGUGAGCAACGUGAGGGAGAAGCACCACAAGAGCCAUGGGUUUUCUGUGGAUUCUUCAACAGGAUUCAUAUACUGCAUAGAAUGUAAGGACUUCGUGUAUGAUACGACCUUUGAGGAAGUGCGCACCGCCAGCAGCACCCGAAAGAGAAAGCUAUCCGCCACUCUGCCAGAUACCGACAGGAGGCUGGUCUCAGCAAAUUCUGCAGCGACACCAUGCGCGGCGACAGGACUGCGCGGGUUGUAUAACAUGGGGCAAACCUGUUUCAUGUCCGUCGUUCUUCAAUCCCUCAUUCACAAUCCGUUUCUACGCACAUACUAUCUCUCCGAGGGCCAUCGGGCAAAUGAUUGCGAACGAGAGGCCUGCACAUCAUGCGCGUUGGACGCUAUCUUUGAUGAUUUCUUCGCGCAAGAGAAACACGAGGGAUAUGGAGCGGUGCACAUGUUACAAGGCUGCUGGAAAGGUGGAGGUAGUCUUGCCGGAUACAGCCAACAGGACGCACAUGAGUUUCUGGGAUUCAUACUGAAUAGUCUUCACGAGGCCAUCACGGAAGAUGACGAGAAGAUGAAAAAGAGCAAGAAUGGCAAGGACUGCACAUGCGUCAUCCACCAGACGUUCGGCGGCCAGCUGCGCAGCACCGUCACCUGCCUUACGUGCAGGACCACAAAUGUCACCUUUGACCCAUUCAUGGAUCUAAGUCUGGAUGUCAAAGGCGCAGGGCCGGUGCCAAAGAAGAAAAAAUUGAAUGCAGCAAAUGGAGCUCAAGCCAAAGAUGUGGCUCCAAUGGACCUCAGCGAAUGUCUGGAGCGAUACACGAGCGCGGAGACUUUGUCAAGUGACAGCUACCACUGUCGAAAGUGCAAUGCAUCCAGUGAGGCCAAGAAGAGGCUCAGUCUCAGCCGUCUUCCGCCUGUCGUGCCAAUUCACCUCAAGCGUUUCUCGCACUCGAAAGCCAACUCUCAAAGCAGCAAAGAUGCUCUAAGCCAAACCCACACACCCGAUGCGAAAUAUCUCUUAUCGUCGGUGGUCGUCCACAAAGGCAAAAUUGACAAUGGUCACUAUAUCUCCUAUGCACGGCAGAACCGGGAAUGGUUCCGAUUUGACGACAGCAUGGUGGUGCGCGUGGAGGAGAAAGAGGUUCUGUGCGCGGAGGCGUAUAUGUUAUUCUACGUCAUUGAGGAAAUAUGA